CACCGUAAAGGCAGGCUUCACUCUCGCGCCUGCUUUUUCCCCCAUCGCCUCUCCUCCGGCGCCGAUCCCCGCUUCGCGCCUCCCUCCCGCCAUGGAUCCGGCGCCGCAGUCCCACCCCAUCCUCUCCUACGUCCUCUCCCGCCUCCCCACCCUCGCCAAGACGCGGCCGGCCGGCGGCGGCGACUUCGACAUCGAGCAGCCGCCCGUCCACACGCCGUCCCCGCGGACGCCCUCCACCGCCGGCGAGUUCGAGCUCGUCGAGCGCAUGCCCGGGCUGCGCCACCCCUCCGUGCUCCGGGCCAUGACCCGCGCCGUCGCCGACGUCUCGGCCGCACGCUCCGCGCUCCAGGUCCUCGGCCCGCGCCCCGACCACGAGCUCGUCGACUCCUCCCGCGCGAUCGUCGCCGCAGCCGAGGCCGGGGCCGGCUCGCGGGUCCCCGAGGGGGACCUCGAGGCCUGCCGCGCCGUGGUGCGGCUCGAGGAGACCCACGACGCGUACGAGGCGCUGCUGCAGGAGGCGGAGGGCAGGCUCGAGGCCGUGUACCGGUCGGCGAUGCAGGGGAAGGACCUGGAGGAGUCCGACGGCAAGGACGAAUCCGGCGCUGAGGCCGGGGAUGCGACGGUGCAGGAGGAAGUAAUCGCGGUCCUGAAGCAGGCUGAGGAGGGCAAGUCGGUGGAGAGCGUGCGCCUCGUUGACCGGCAGCUUCGUCACCUGCCCGAGGCCUUCGGGAGGAUCCAGGGGCUCCGCGUGCUCGAUGUUUCGCGCAAUCAGCUCGAGGUUAUUCCAGAUGCUAUAGGAGGACUUGAUCAUCUUGAAGAACUUCGUCUUGCUUCCAAUGCCUUGAUUUCUCUUCCUGAUUCCAUUGGACUGCUAUCCAAUUUGAAGAUUCUGAAUGUAGCAAGCAACAGGUUAAGGUCAUUGCCAGAUAGCAUCUCAAAGUGCAGGUCGUUAAUUGAGCUUGACGCGAGCUACAACGGGCUUGCUUAUCUGCCAACCAACAUUGGGUAUGAGCUAGUAAAUAUGCGACAACUCUGGGUCCAUAUGAACAAGUUGCGGUCACUUCCAUCAUCUAUCUGUGAGAUGAGAUCAUUGUACCUACUGGAUGCACAUUUCAAUGAACUAUGUGGUCUGCCAUCUGCCAUAGGGAAACUUUUAAGUCUUGAAAUUAUGAACCUAGGCAGCAACUUUAGUGAUCUAAAGGAUCUCCCUGCAUCCUUUGGUGACCUGCUGAAUCUGCGUGAACUUGACCUUAGCAACAACCAGAUCCAUGCUCUUCCAGACAGUUUUGGUCGGUUGGAUAAGCUAGAGAAGCUUAAUCUAGAACAAAAUCCUCUUACUAUGCCUCCAAUGGACAUUGUGAACAAAGGCGUGGAUGCGGUGAAAGAAUACAUGUUAAAGAGGUGGCUUGACAUCUUGCUCGAGGAAGAACGGAAGAGCAUUGCAAUAGCUGAGAGCCCUCAAGCGCCAACCACUCCUUCGGCUUGGCUAGCACGCAGUGUCUCCUGGGUCUCUGAUGUUUCCGGAAGCCUUGUGGGGUACCUCAGUGGUGAGAACAAAACAGAGAAAGAUGCCUACCUCGAUCAACAGUAUUGAAAACUCACUCGCAUGUUGUUUGAGCAUCGUGUACAUACUAUAAGAUUACAAUCUGGGAAAUCAUUUUGUGUUCCUUGUGAGUCAAGCCAUACACCUGUGCUUGCUCUGCAUCCCCAAAGCGCUGUUUUGGGGUUUAUUUUUCCCAUUUUAACUUCUCUAAGCCUUUGUCAUAGGCCCAAACUUUUGUUUCGACCUGUUCACCGGUUAUAUUCCAUUGGUUUCAGUUUCUGCUGGAACUGGGAUUAUUUCAAUCUGUUUGCCAGUUAAUUUUGUAUAUGCUACCCUCUCUAUACCCUAUGUUCUAAAAUGCAAUAAUUUCCGGUUU